AGAAGGACUUGUCUUGACUGACAAAUCAUCGGGUACUUCUUGGGUUUUACCAGCUCCAACUCAAAAUGACGGAAAGUCUUUUGCACAAGCAACUUCAGUUGUAGUUUUGCCAAGAAGUUCGAAUACUCAAUCACUCACUGUUUUGGAUAAUCGGACAAAUAAGCUUUACGAAGUACCCAUUACCAAUAAUACUAUCCCAGCCACUAAAUUUAAAGAGAUGAUAGCGAAUCCUUUACCGGGAUCCCGUGAGGAAGAUGAUAGUGCUAAAGGAUUGAGAGUAUAUGAUCCAGCUUUUCAAAAUACUGCUGUUUGUCAUUCAAAAAUUACCUAUAUCAACGGGGAUUCAGGAAUUCUUCGUUAUCGCGGUUAUCCAAUAGAGCAACUGGCAGAAAAAUCAUCAUAUCUUGAAGUUGCGUAUCUUUUGAUCUAUGGAGAGCUUCCGACCAAAUUACAAUACACAAAUUUCUUUCACGAAGUCAUGCAUCAUACAUUUGUGCAUUUUAAUGUUGCUGAACUGAUGAGAAAUUUUAACUAUGACGCUCAUCCUAUGGGAAUGUUUAUUAGUAGUAUUUCAGCUCUGAGUACCUUUCAUCCCGAUGCGAAUCCUGCUUUGGCUGGUUCAAAUUUGUUCAUUCGAAAUGAAGAAAUUAGAAAUAAGCAGAUAUUUAGAUUAUUAGGUAAAACACCUACGUUGGCAGCGAUGGCAUACCGUCACCGUAUUGGCCGACGCUAUAACGUUCCUCAGAAUAAUCUUUCGUAUACCGAAAAUUUCUUAUAUAUGCUUGAUCAACUAUCUGAAGAAAACUACAAACCAAAUCCAAAAUUAUGCAAGGCUCUCGAUAUUUUAUUUAUUCUGCAUGCUGAUCAUGAGCUUAACUGCUCGACUGCGGCAAUGCGUCAUAUUGGCUCAUCACUCGUUGAUCCGUAUAGCGCCGUAGCAGGUGCAGCGGCAGCCUUGUAUGGACCGCUUCAUGGUGGUGCUAAUGAAGCAGUAUUGAGAAUGUUGGAGGAAAUCGGUUCUGCCGAAAAAGUUCCAAUUUUCUUAGCCGAAGUUAAGGAACGAAAAAGAAAAUUGUUUGGAUUUGGUCAUCGGGUUUAUAAGAGUUAUGAUCCACGAGCAAAAAUAAUUAGAAAAAUAGCAUAUGAGGUUUUUGAGGUUUGUGGCCGAGAGUCACUUAUCGAUGUUGCGAUUGAACUAGAAAAAAAGGCAUUAGAGGAUGAUUACUUUGUAAAAAGACAACUUUACCCUAAUGUUGAUUUUUAUUCUGGUCUGAUUUAUAAAGCAAUGGGAUUUCCAACGGACAUGUUCCCUGUAUUAUUCGCUAUUCCAAGAGUUGCAGGAUGGUUAGCUCAUUGGAAAGAAUCAUUGGAAAAUAAGGAUGCCAAAAUCUGGCGCCCAAGGCAAGUGUAUGAUGGACCAGGCGUCAGGUCUUAUGUUCCUAUGGAACUCCGAGAAUCCUCCGAUAAAGAGAUUAAAAUUGAUCAUCAAUUCAGCAAGAGAAGUUUAGUUGCCUCUUAUGAGAAUAAAGAAACACCGUCAAAAUUAUAA